AGAUUUCGGUGGACAUCAAACUAUCUCUACCUUACGUGAAAAUAGCGGGGAGACCUCUUCAGCCAUUUAAAUCACAGACACCUUUGAUGUUCCCUUAGCCCAGUAGUAAAUAUGUAGAAGAUUCUGAGACUUAAACAAAUUCCAUCAGUUUCUUCCAGACAUGGAUACAGUGGGGCAGAUCAUCUCCUUAGGCCUGUACAUCUACAAACAGUGUGAAGAGAUGAAAUACUGCCAGAAACAGUGCCGGCGUCUAGGGAGCCGUGUUCAUGGCCUGCUGCAGCCUCUGCGAAAGCUCCAGGCCCAAGGAGAGGGGAACCUGCCCGCUGAGAUAACCACUGCCCUGAACCGUUUCCAUGCUGUCCUCAAGGAAGCUCGGAGGCAGAUAGAUGAGUUCAGCAAUAAAUCCAAUAUCCGGAAGUUUCUAACAGCAGGACAUGAGAAAAUACUCUUCAGUGAAGUGAACGAAAGGCUGAGAGAUGUUGGGGAGGAGCUCUCGCUGCUGCUUCAGGUGGAUCAAUGGAUGCAUCUUUCAAGCAUCAACCAAAAAGUGUCCUGGCAACAGGAAGAUCAGCAGGAUGCAGAGGAAGACAUGCAAGUCUUCCAAACACCAAGAAGUGGAAGUGAAAUUAUAGAAGCUUCAUUGAGAAAAUUGGAAAUCGACAUGAAAGAAACCACCAAAAUCGUGAGGCAGUACCUACAGAAACCCGUGAAGGAGAUCCCACAUGAUCAAAUCAAGGAGAUUAAGAAGGAGGAGCUUUCAGGAUACGACUGGAUCCUACUAAGGAAAAACGAAUUCAGUGCACUUUAUAAGGGAGAAUACCACAAAUCUCCAGUGGCCAUAAAAGUAUUCAAUAAACCCCAGGCCAGAAGCAUUGGAAUAGUGAGGCAUACUUUCAAUAAUGAGAUCAGAGCCAUGAAGAAAUUUGAUUCUCCCAACAUCCUGCGUAUAUUUGGGAUUUGCAUUGAUGAAACAGUGACCCCGCCUCAAUUCUCCAUCGUCAUGGAGUACUGUGAGCUCGGGACCCUGCGGGAACUGCUGGACAGGGAAAAGGAGCUCAUGUUUGCUGUGCGCAUCGUCCUGGUCCUGGGGGCAGCCACAGGCUUGUACAGGCUGCACCAUUCUGAAGCAUCCACAGAACUCCACAGGAACAUCAGCAGCACGAGCUUCCUGGUGGCUGAAGGCUAUAAAGUGAAGCUUGCAGGAUUUGAGUUGAGCAAAACACAGACUUCCAUCAGUCGAGAAACUAAGGGAAAAGAAGCAGAGAGAGUCAGGUCUGCAGCAUACAUCUCACCUCAGAGACUGGAAAAUGUGUUUGAUAGAUAUGACAUAAAAGCUGAAAUAUACAGCUUUGGAAUCGUCCUCUGGGAAAUCGCCACUGGGAAGAUCCCAUUUGAAGGCUUUGAUUCCAAGAAGAUCUACCAGCUAGUGGCUGUGGACCGGUACCUGGAGCCUCUGGGUGAAGACUGCCCUUCACAGUUGCAGGAGAUUAUUGAUGAUUGCCGGGCAUAUGAGCCAUCCAGGCGGCCUUCUGCUAAAGAAAUCUUAGAGAAACUGUCGGACUUUCACUAAGCUGUGUAUUGAAACUGAAACUAAGGGGUCCCUGGACAAGAAGCUGGAAGAGGCACAAGCUGGGCAUCUUUCUCAAAUCCUUUGGCAUGAAGUUAUUUAUGGGUGUAGGUUGGCAGCACUUUUCUGUUACAAAUAGAAAACAAUUCCAGUCAUAUAAAACAUAUCCCACUCCAAAUGAUAUUGUCAAAAAUACACCUC